GGUCGUUUGGCGGUGCAUCGAUAAUACUGCAGACAUCGUCCUUUCGAUUUUCUUAUUCGACGCGGACCAUCACCACCAGUGUUUUAAUGUCACGUCGCGAAAGACGCACAACAAAAUGGAGCUACCAAACAAACUCCGUUGGGACCAAUUCCUGAUUUUGGCAGCAGCACUUAUGUCACCUGCAAUCACGGUGCUGUGUAAUGAUAUCCUCAGCCUGAAGGUGGCAGGAGAUCCAGUGCUAACCCCUAACUCUGUGUGCCUCAGGCUGGCAGGCCUCAGUAAACGUCAGAUGCGGAUGUGUGUGAGGAACCCUGAUGUGACAGCAUCUGCUCUGCAGGGGAUCCAAGUGGCCAUCCAUGAAUGCCAGCACCAACUCCGGGACCAGCGCUGGAACUGCUCCUCGCUGGAGGGCUUUGGCAAGCUGCCGCACCACAACUCCAUCCUCAACAGGGGUUUUCGGGAGAGCGCCUUCUCUCUGGCCCUGCUGGCGGCGGGCGUGGCUCACUCUGUGGCCUCGGCUUGCAGCAUGGGCAAGUUGCGGGGGUGUGGCUGCGAGGCCAAGCGUCGCCAGGACGAUGACAAGAUCCGGCUGAAACUCACACAGCUGCAGCUGCAGACGCUUCAGAAGGGUGGGGCAGGCAUCGACUUAACACGGUCAUUACCCUCAGAGCUGAAUGGUCAUCAUGGCAGCCUGCCCACUAACCUGCGCUCAGCCCACCCCUCAGCCCUUCUCAAGCCCUUACCGGAUGAGCUGAGCUCUAUGCAAGACACCUGGGAGUGGGGGGGGUGCAGUCAUGACAUCCGUUUCGGGGAUCGCUUCUCCAGGGACUGGCUCGACUCCCGGGGGUCUCCAAGAGAUAUCCACGCCCGCAUGAGGAUACAUAACAACCGUGUGGGACGACAGAUAGUGACUGACAACAUGACAAGGAAAUGCAAAUGUCACGGCACAUCAGGGAGCUGCCAGUUCAAGACCUGCUGGCACGUAUCUCCAGAGUUCCGUCUUGUGGGCUCCAUACUCAAAGAAAAGUUCCUGACAGCCAUUUUUGUCAACUCUCAGAACAAGAACAAUGGGGUUUUCAACCCUCGGACAGAAAACGGCGCCAGCGGAACCCAAGGGGGUCUCGGCGGAGCACGUCGUCGAAUCAUGUCCAGAGAGCUGGUGUACUUUGAGAAGUCUCCUGACUUUUGUGAGCACGACGCGUCCAUAGACUCUCCGGGAACGCACGGACGCAUCUGCAACAAAACGAGCUACAGCACAGACAGCUGCAGCUCGCUGUGCUGCGGCCGUGGACACAACAUCCUGAAACAGACACGCAGCGAGCGCUGCAAUUGCAGAUUUCACUGGUGUUGUUACGUGCUGUGCGAGGAGUGUCGUCACACAGAGUGGGUCAACGUGUGCAAGUAGACGUCAGUCUGUUCCCCCCUCAGCUCGAGCGGCUUUUACUCAUCCAGGACUCAAGACGGCGAGCCCAUCCCUUCGCCCACUCAUGUUGUUCGAGCUUUUGUUUUUGCUCCUUGUGCAACUCUCCCAGAGAUCCUGUUUACCCCCCCCACCCACCCUCUUUUUUUAAGUCCAUCAUCUGGGAUCUAUUUUCUUUUUGUAGACGCUGUUAUUCUCGAAAUGCCAAGUCAGAGAUUGAAGAGGUGACUCAUGUCAUUUGUCUUCCCAUGGUCUGUUUAGACGCUGGCCUUUCAGCCAUGAAAAUGGCCCAUACUUCAUCGUUUGAGACCCACAAAGAAAAAGAAAGAACAGCAACAGCAGAGGAGCUUCAGUGUCUACAAGCUGACUCAUCUUAUUGUACAGUAACAGUUUAUUUGAAUGUGUAUGUCUAUAAUUGUAAAUGUAUUAUUAUUCACAUUAAUAUUGUACUAGAGCCUGUCUUUUUUCAGUGAAUGACAGAUUGAUGGUGGCCAUGUGGUCAGCAUGGUGAAGCAGUGUGCAGACAGAACAGUCUCAUUUUCUUUCUCCAUUUGCACCAAAAUAAUCCUCAUGUGUGACUCUGAAAAGUACUAAUUUGGGAACUUGUCUCACAAUCUCUCUUUACUGAUCAAAGAAGACAAUUGGUUUUUUUUUUGAAGGAAUUUGACACAGCGCUUUCUCACAUGCAGAACUUUCAGAUGCUCAUUUGUACACUUGUAAAACUCAAGAUGGGAAACUGGAAGCAACAUCCGAUUUGGAAGAUCCCUCAAAUCUCUAGAGGAUGAUCUGAUAUCGUCGUGUUGGUGUUGUUCCCAGAUCAUCAUGAAAAUGUUGUUCCAGGAUCAACAUUGCAAGUGACCAAUCACAUUAUUGUGACGUUAUUCUUUUGCGCACC